AUGCUUGAGUCAUUCCAGGCCACCUUUGCGGUGCCGCUGACCUGCGAAAGCUGCGUCGAAGACAUUUCGAAACCAUUAUACGAGAUCAAAGGAGUGAACAAAGUUGAGGCCGACCUGAAGAACCAGCUCGUUUUAGUGGAAGGCACAGCAGCACCGUCGGCCAUCGUGACGGCCAUUCAAGACACUGGGCGCGACGCGGUGCUCCGAGGGAGCGGAUCGUCGAACAACGCCUCAGUUUGCAUCCUCGAAACCCACGCGCGGGUGCCGGUGCCGAUCCGCGGGCUGGCGCGAAUGGUCCAGAUCUCGACGCAGCGCACGCUGGUCGACCUCACGAUCAACGGGCUGGCGCCGGGCACGUACUGGGCGACGGUGCGGGCGGCGGGCGACGUGUCGCGCGGCGCGGCGUCGACGGGCGGGAUCUGGGGGGCGGGCAGCAGCCCAGCUGCAGUCGCAGGCUCGCCGGACAACGGCCGCGGAGUCUUCGGGCAGGUCGUGGUGGACGCGCGAGGGAAGGGGAAUGUGUUUCUGGACCGUCCCGUUGCUGUUUGGGAAUUGAUUGGCAGGAGCAUGGUGGUGUCGAGAGACCGCAGCGGGCCGUUCAAGGCUGACGACCCAAACACCAUCGUGGGCGUGAUUGCGCGCAGCGCGGGCGUGUGGGAUAAUGACAAGAUGGUGUGCUCGUGCUCGGGCAAGAACGUAUGGCAGGAGCGCGAGGAGCAGCUGGCCCGCGGUAUGAU